UGCAUUUUGGGGUUCACCGCUGUCUGAUCUUGCAAAUCGAGAACGACCAGCACUCCUCGUUCCAGGAAACGAGAUCUCUUCUGCCGUCCAUGACAAAGUAUGGAACACCAGAUUUCACUCGCCAUCGUAUCUUUCGUGAGCACCCUCACCGUGCAGACUGAGCUCCUAGAUGGACUAAGCAGCGUAACGCAGCUUUAGGAAUGCAGCGGUCGAGACUCAUCCGACAUGAAUGCAAGUUUCCACUUUGAGCUGAGUCAGGGCGAGCUCGAAGUGUUCGCUCCGCUGCUUCACGAUUCUCCCAGAGACAGUGUUCAAAAUUGAUAAGCUAUAUAUAUAUGAAAAUAUAUAGACUGCGACGGUACUGCCCAAAGAUAAGCGUGGAUCACCAUGACACCGACUUCAUUUCUUGCCCUUCCAGAUAUCACCCAUUUAUCAACUCGGAGUGCAUGUAUCCGCAUAAAAAUACAGGUUUUGAGAAUUCAACAGCACAGACCAAGUAUCUGGAGUUGAAAAAGAUAUGAACCUGACUUUGGGUCAGAAUGGUCAAUAAAACAAGCUCGGUAAAACCUUGAGGGAUUGUCGGUGUUUCAGAAAGCUUGCCCUAUCAGCGUGGAGAGGCUGGUAUGGGAUCUAACGCGGAUAGUAAUGAAGAUAUGAAUAUUCAUAAGCUAGCAGAUUGAAAAGCACAAUGUAGAGGCUGAGUCUCAAACCUCAGCUAAUGCCUCUCCAAAUUGUGUGUUUGAAGGUAGUGAAGCUCCCAGCGCACCCAUUGCUCGGGACGUGGAGGAAGCUGCCGCUCUAAACGUCCAGGGAUUGUCGAUGUUGACGGGUUCAAAAAGCUUGCCUGAGAAGCGUGAGGAGACUCGUCUGGGAUCUAAGGCGGAUAGUAUCGGAAAUCUCAGUGCCUUCAUACUCUAUCUUUACGUGCUGUAAAAGACAAGUUCUUCAUAAAUGGAC